AUGCCCGAAAAAGGUUCAUGUACCGAUAUAACAUGUGAUAAUGAAAUCAAAGAAUUAUAUGAAUGUCAUUGUUGUUUACGUCUUGUUUGUUUUUAUCAUUUGAGUGAACAUAUUGAAAUAGUAAAAGAAAAUAAACAACAACUAGAUAGUCUUCGUAAUGAAUUAAAUACAGUUGUAUAUACACUUAAACUAAUUAUUGAAGAAAAACUAUCAAUCAUUGAACGUGAACAAAACUUGACUGAACAAGUAAAAAAAAUUCUUGACGAAUCCAGCAGUUCAAUUGAUGAACUAAAAAAUAUGUUCGAAAAAAUUAAUCAAACAAUAGCAUCAAAUCGUUCAGAUGUCACAGAAGAAUUGGGAAUCUCAAAAAAUGAUGAAUAUUUAACAGAUAUCAAUCACGAUUUUAUUGAUAUUGUUUCAAUUGAUGAAACAACGAAUUCAAUUGAGGACGAACAUGUAAAUGAAGAAAAGAAACCUAAACAAAAACCAUACAGAAGAAUUUUCCGUAAAUGUCCAUUAACAUUCAAUGGAGCAUAUGGUCUUACUGAAGCAAAUCAUUCAAUUGAAUUUUGUGAGCAUGGGAAAACUCGUCGAAUUGAAUUAUAUUCCCAUUUCAUUCACAAGCAUCAAUUAAAAAAGAUUUAUGUUCGACGUUUGGUACGAGCUGUUGUUGAUGAUCAAGAUCCUAGGAUAACAAAAUUAUUCGAUGGAAGUGAAAAUGUAAUUAAUCAUUUUUAUAAAAUCCCAUGUCCAAUUUGUUGUGGACAAAUUAAUUCAUCAGAAUAUACUCGACAAAAUAUAGUAACUGUACCAUGUCAACCUCGAUUAGUUCCACUUCAUAAUUUCAAACAACAUUUACAACAUAGUCACAAGAUUUCUAAUUCGUUGGCACAAAAAUUAGUUGAUAGUUUCAAACAAAAUUCAACAAAAAAUGAUAUUGAUUUGACUCAACUAAUUCCCUCAACAUCAUCAAAAUAA